AUGUCUUCUGCAGCCUCGCCACGACCGUCGCCCCCGUCCGAGAUGUCCUUGAUCACUCGCGAGAUCCUUUCGCGGGCGCGCAAAAUGGUGCCGCCAAUGCUAGAACGAUUUCACAAGGGCCAGCUGGGCCGUGUCGGUGUCAUCGGCGGCAGCGAAGACUACACGGGCGCGCCGUACUUUUCGGCCAUGGCGAGCGCACGUCUGGGCUGUGACAUGUCCCACAUCAUCUGCACGCCGGCGGCGGCGGCCGUCAUCAAAACGUAUUCGCCGAACCUGAUGGUGCAUCCGCUCAUGCAACAGUCGGCCGAUGCCACCAGCACUGCGACAGCUCCCAGCGACGAGGAGACUGGCAGACAGGCGGACGUCAUCAGCGCCCGCGUCAUCGCGCAGAUGUUGCCACGACUGCAUGUGCUCGUUGUCGGCCCUGGGCUGGGCCGCGACCCGCUCAUGCAGGCUACAGCAGCCCGUAUCGUGGCUGCGGCGCGCAACUGCGGCCUGCCGCUCGUGCUGGACGCAGACGCCCUGCGGCUGGUGCAGAGCCGGCCGGCGCUGGUGCGGGGCUACUCGCUGGCAGUUCUAACGCCCAACAUUGUCGAGUUUGGCCGGCUGGAGAAGAGCUUGGGGGAGGAGGACGGCGGCGAGAGCAAGGAUGGAUCCGCCCAGACGACGUCCACCGAUAGGGCAGCUCGGCUCGCCCGCAUCCUCGGGGGCGUCACUAUUGUACAAAAGGGCAGCGUUGACGUCAUCACGUCUGGUACACCCUCGUCGACCAUGGUCUCAGACCUGUCUGGUGGCCGCAAACGCAGCGGCGGCCAGGGCGACACGUUGACGGGAGCUAUCGCCACCUUCUUGGCAUGGCGGAAAGCCUACCUCGACGGGCUCUGGGAGGAGGAGGGCGCGGGUAGUAAGACCCAGUUGGGAGAGCAGGAAUCGGUUCUCCUGGCAACCUUUGGCGGCAGUGCCAUUACACGAGAAUGUUCACGGCUGGCAUUUGCAAAGAUGGGACGCAGCUUGCAGGCUAGCGACUUGACGGACGAGGUCCACACGGCGUUUCUCAAUCUUUUCGGAGGCGAGGAAGACAAGCCGGUGGCAGAAGACGAAGCAAAACUUUGA